AUGUCUCAGACUCCAUCUCAACCAUCGCCAUUAAAGGCUGCUAGACGGACAGACUUACGUUCACCCGAGCUUAGUUACUUAUCAGAAUCGUCAUCUAAUGACGCUGACGUCAGAUUACCAUUAUUCAACACCAAUCCACCAACACAAACUACAAUGAACAGGAGAAAAGCUAGAAAUUCUUCAUCAUCGGAUAGCGAUAAACAAGCAACUUCUGCCACGAUACCAACAAUAAAAAAAAAAAUUUUAUUUAAUUAUGUCGAUAAUGUUCUAGCGAAACAUGAUUCAGAACAUGUUCAACAUCUUCAUAUUGGUGGUGGUAUGAAAAUAGGCUCAGAAAAAAUAAACGUCGAUGCCAGUGGUUCUGAUGAGAUAUCUGAUCAUUAUUUCCAUAAUGAACAAAGUCGAAUUGAUGGAAAUGUUUUUGAUACGGGAGAACACUCAACAUCUUUCACACAACAUAUGGCAGACGGUCAAUCCGAAGUGAAUUUCGAUCCUGAUCCGAUUGUUGAGGAACGUGAGAGUAAAGAUCAAAGGUACAAACAAACUGUCUAUGUGAGACAAUUACAACCACCUACACCAGCUCCCGUCGAAAUUCAAGUACAAGAAGUUCUCAUUCAACCUAAAGUACAACGUCCACCACUUCAUGUUCGAGUAGCAUCACGAGAGCCACGGACACCCUCACCCAUUAUCAUCAAAAGUGCACCGCCUCGACCACCAUCACCUGUAUCUGAACAACCAGUUAUCUAUAAUAAAUAUGUACCGGGGCCAAAACCGGCACCUCAACAGGUUAUUAUUCAUCGAUAUCCAGAUAUGCCCCCAAAACCAAGAUCAAUUAUUCUUGAACAAUGGUUACCUUAUAAACCCGCACCAAAACGUAUCAUCAAACAUUCUUUACCACGUGAAGCAUUUUUACCACCACCGCGUCCUCGAAAUAUCAUUAUUUCAUAUUCGAGACCACGUGCUCUAAUUGAGAUAGAAUUAAUUCGUUUACCAGUAGUUAAAUUUGGGGUAGGAUUACGAACAUUAACGUUUGGCGAAUUACCACAAUUGCAACAAUUCGUUAUUGUUGUGGGAUAUCCAACAGACGGUGAUAAUUUAAGUGUGACCAAAGAUGUUGUAUCAUGA